AUGACCACAGAAGUGGACACGCAAUUGUCGGAACAUCUCCCCAUGAGUCCCAGUGUUGCGCCAAAGUCUGAAAAGAAACCAGAGCCCAGGCCCCGAAGCCACAGGGACGUCAGGCCGAGUACAGACCUGGUGACUCCCGGGACCUCGAAUUUUACGCGAAUCCACAAAGAGAGCCCCAGGACCAACUCCUCGAGCUCCUGCCGCUUCGGCAGCCUCAGCCAUCACUCCUUCUUCUCCCGGCACCACCCGCACCCACAGCACGUGGGGCACAUCCGAGAUCUCACUGGGAACCGCGUGUGUACGGUCAGGGCCGAGUUCUCUCCAGCCCACCUGCCCCACAGCUCGCUGCUGGGCUGCUGUCUGAAGAUGCCCCAAGUCUCUGUCCCCAUUGGAGACCCACAGUCCAAUCGGGAGCCCCUGCUUUAUUCUGAGGCCUGGAAGAAGGAGCUGAAGCAGCUGUCCGCCCGGCUGGCCGCCUUCACCACAGAGAGUGAGCCAAGGGACAGGAAGGAGAAAGAGCAACCCGAGAAGGCCCAGCGUGAGCACGGGGCCAGAUACUCAGCACAGACGGGCAGGCUCAUCCCCCCGCCCACCAGAGCUACCAGCCACCUCCGCUCAGGCAAACCCACUUGGAGUAGAUACGGCAGCUCGCAGGCCUUCUUCCUGGAGGACCGGGAUCUGCUGGUCCUCGAGCUCCUGUGUCAGAUCCUGCAGACAGAUUCCUUGAGGUCUAUCCAGGGCUGGCUCCUUGGCGCAUCCCAAAGAGAAAAAGAUCUCGCAUUCAGUUUCCUGAGCACGGCCCUGAGACAGCUACGGACUCAGACUUCAGUCUCCACUUCAGAAGCACAAGUCUUGAGCCAGCUGCAAGAAGCUCAAGAGAAGGAGAAAAGCUUGCUACCAUCCUACAGGGCGUCUUGGGAAGGCACAAGUCCUAAGGAUGCAUUUGCAUCACGGGGCAGAGGAAAAGGCAGAAAGCUGAGCACCCAGGCCAAGAAGCAGCCCUUCCCCCACCCGUCUACCACAAAGCUCAUUCUGGCCUACCACAAGGAGCCUAUUAAACUGUUCUUUGCCCAGUAG